AAGGAUUCGAGAGCAUCCUUCUCCAAACCUGUAUCGACAAGAUGUUUCAGCUUUGGAAGCUUGUUCUCUUGUGUGGCCUGCUCACUGGGACCUCAGCAUCGCUUUUGGGGGGACUUGGCAAUGACCUGCAAGAUGUUAUUGAUAAAGGACGUGAGCUCAUUGAGGAUACAGUUGAAACUGUGGCUGGGAACCUGAAGGAAGACCUUACCAGGCUUCAGAACUCCAAGAUUGGGCAACUGUCUGGGCAGGUGUUACAGAAAGCUGAUCGUCUGUUGGAUAAUGCUAUUUCUAAAGUCUUGUCCAUUGGGAAGAACAUUUUGGGGUUGAAAGUCAGUAAUGUCAACCUCCUGAAUAUCAAAACUGAACUGACUCCUGAUGGUGAACUUGGCCUGACCCUCCCCAUCAGCGCUGAUGUCGAACUGAACCUGCUUUUCAUUGGACAGACAGUUGACCUGAAGCUUUCCAUAGACAUCCUGUCUGGUGCCAAAAUUGAAACUGAGGAUGGCAAAUCCAAAGUGGUCAUGACAAAAUGCAACAGCGACCCAGCCAGCAUCUCACUGAGCUUGUUGGACAGACGCAAUAAAGUGGCCAACAGACUCGUAGACGCUGUGUCCACCUUCCUGAGCGAGACGUUGUCCACCAUAGUGGAGACGCAGGUGUGCCCAUUGGUCCAGCUCUUUCUCGACACACUGGGUGUGGAUUUUAUUCAGAAUACCAUUGAUGGACUUAAGCAGCAAUCAUCUGCCUAAAGAGGGCACAUGAGGCGGACUGCUGUGAUGACCCCCACUGGUUACUUUGCCGUUGUUUGGCCCUGUUUCCUCACAGCAUCUCCCUCUAGGAAGAUGCUGCCACCAUCACCAUCUGACUGGAGUGGAAGCCUGAGUCCAGCCAGAAG